UAGGAAAUUAGGAUUUUAGGCCUAUAUCAGUGUUAUAAGCUGUGCUGCUAAGGCUGAAAGUCUCAGCUUGUCCCCUGUACAGUCCUUACCCAGAACCACGAGCGUGGUUACCUUAUGCUUGCUUUGUACCCUUAGUUAAGACAUUGAUAAAUGCUAUUCUUAGGGUUGCUGAUUUCCAUGCUAGACUGGUGAACUAUGGAUAACAAAUGAGACAGGUGGAACUUCAAAAGAAGCUAGCCCUGCGACCUGAUGACCUGUCGUUCUGUACUUGCCAAGAAAGAAGAAGUGGAACCUGCAGACCACUGGAACGGAAGGAACCUGAGGAUAUCGACAGUGAUAGAUAUUGACAGUGAUAGACAGUGAUACAUUUUGCUUAGUUGCAUAAUACCUGUUAGAACCCUAUAUAAUGACUAGUUAUACUGCUGUAUGAUUGUCACUCUCUGAGGAGGUGACCCAACGCUGCUGUUCCUGUGAAUCUUCUACAAUAAAUACUGCUCAGAGUAACCCACAAGAGUUCGAGUCUCUACCCAGCGCCUACCUAUGACCUUUUUUUCAGUUGGCACCCCAGAUGGGACUCUGCAGCAUAAACUGAAACAACGGGACCUGGCCAGGGACAGGUGAGUUUGAGUCUCUCCUGUUCUCCCGAUUUGUUUCUUUUCUUUAUAUUUUUAUUAGAGUUCAAGUCUCUAAAUAUAUUUACAAGGAUGGGGGCUGGACCCUCAGUUCCUAAAAAUACUCCUUUGGCUGAAAUGAUUUCAAAUUGGGGAAGAUUGUCAGGAACCGCAGGGUUGCACAUAAAAAGAUUAAUUGCCCUCUGCCAAGAUGAUUGGCCUUUUAUAAGCAGAGUGGCUGGGGCUUCCCUUGAUGAUCGGUGGCCGAUUUAUGGCUCAUUUGAAGAAACUAAAUUGCAGUCUCUCCGUAAAAUCCUGGAGGACCGCCAGCCCCAACAAACGGACUAUUUGUAUUUGUGGUUUGACUAUGCUGAUAUACGAAAACGAAAACAACUCCAGAAGAGCAUGAAUAAACACCAACUACUUGCUUAUCUGGAUGAUGAAAUAAGUGACAAUUCUAAGCCCCAAACUGAUUCACCUGCAGGUAUUUUCCCUAUGACUUUAUCCUAUGUGGCUAAUCCCAGAGCUGGUCGUAGUAACGCUGGCAACCAGCCACCGCUUCUCAGGGUAACUACACAUUACCCCUGGAAACCAGGUGAUCUUUUACUCUGGCAUGAUAAAAUGCCGCGACUCUGUGAUGAUGCGGUGCGAUGCUCUAAAAUAAUUCGAACUAUUGCCCGAGAUUACUCACCCAGCUGGAAUGAUAUGCAAACACUUUUGUCCGAAUUAUUUACACAUGAGGAAAAACAAAAGAUCCUGGCUAAAGAUAAAGAAUUGGCUGAACAGACACAGGGACGUAAUCCCUGGCCAGAACAAGAUCCAGAUUGGAACUUACAUGAGGAGGACCAAAAAGCUACCUAUUUAGUUGCAAUUGAUAAUCUGAUUGAAGCAAUUCGAAAGUGUGAUGAAAAAGUGACUAAUUGGUCAAAAGUUACAGAGUGCCAACAGGCUCCUGAUGAACACCCGGGAGACUUUUGGCACCGCUUAAGAAAAGCUUUAAUACAGUAUGGAGGAAUGACCGAAGAUAAUUUUCAGGAACCAUUGGCUAUUAGCAUUUUUGUCAAUCAGUCAGCCCCUGAUAUUCGAAAACAUUUUCAAAAACAUAUGCCUGGCUGGCAAGCAGAGAAUUUACAAAAAGUUCUCUCUGUUGCUAAUUUUGUGUAUAACAGCCGUACAGAAGAGCAACAACGUAAGCUACAAUUAGAAAGGGAGGCUGAGCGCCUUCGGCAGGAGAAAGAACGUGAGGUCGAACGUAGACGGUAUCGGAGAGAAAGACAGGAAGAUAUGAACUUACUAGCUGUAGCCAUAGCUCAGGGGGUUUCCGCAACUCGGGGACGUGGGUACCCCCGAGGAGUCCGAGGGGUAUUCCGAGCUCGCUUCCCUCGGGGCCAGGGACUCCUCGGCAGAGGAAUCGGGAUGGGAAGUUCCUUUCCACCCAUGGGGGGUUCUUUCCCUGUUACAAACCCUGCUGUUACCAACCCUACGAAUGACGCAAUGCAAUUAACCUGUUUUUGGUGUGGUAAUUUAGGACACAUGCAACGUGAAUGCCCGUUGCGACCCCAAUAUCAACCAGGAGCUACUCUACCUGCACCUGCUGCCACUGCUGGUAGUCAACUUGGUGGUAUUACUGACGCCCCUUCUGCUCCGCUGCCUCCAUAUCGUCAUAGCUACUCUCAGUAAGCAUUGCAUAAUGACCUUAGAAAUUUCCUCUACAGGCCAUGUCUUAGCUGAUGUUAAUGGAAAAUCAGUUUCUUUCUUAGUAGAUACUGGGGCUACACUCUUGCUUCUCAACUUUGAUGUGCCACAGACACCGCAGGAAAUGAUUGCUAUCAAGGGUGUUACAGGCUCUGUGCUUAACCAUGCUCUCUCUAAACCACUCCCUGUUACUUUAGGCGAUAAAGUUACAUGGGCUCACUUUAUUGUUCCACCGGGGGCACCGACUUCUUUGCUGGGACGAGAUCUCUUACAAGAGUUUGGUACUCAGUUGACCUAUGGUAAAGGUAAAGCUAAAUUGAUUUUUAUUGGAAGUAUUUUCACUCUAGAUCAUACUCCGAAGAAAGAAGUGGCCAUUCCCUGGGAAUUGCGGAGUGUCCCUUCUGGACUUUGGAGUCGUACAACUAAAGAUACUGGUCUUUUGAAGUCUGCGCUGCCGGUUGUCAUUAAAACUAAAGGUGGUCCCCCUCCUGCUAUUAAGCAAUAUCCAAUACCAGCUGUUGCAUUACCGAGUUUGCGAAAACAAAUUCAAACCUUUCUCAAUGAAGGGAUUCUAAAACCUAUUAUGAGUCCAUUUAAUACCCCAAUUCUUCCAGUAAGUAAAAAUCGACUAGAUGAGGAUGGAGAUCCUGAGUACCGUUUUGUACAAGAUUUACGGGCUAUCAACGAUUAUGUUGAAGCUCUGCACCCAGUUGUACCAGAUCCAAGUUUAAUUUUAACCGAAAUUCCAUCUUGAGCGCACUGGUACACUGUUUUAUAUCUGACAGGAGCUUUCUUUAGCAUACCUGCAGCAGAAGAAAGCCAACCUUUGUUUGCCUUCACUUGGGAAGGUCGCCAAUUGACUUGGACUCGGCUCCCUCAAGGCUUUACUGCUUCCCCUACCUUGUUUUUGCAAAUUCUCAAAUAUGAUCUCCAAGAUAUUGAAUUGCCAAACAAAUCUGCACUGAUUCAAUAUGUUGAUGAUUUGCUUGUUGCUAGCCGAACUCGGGAGGCCUGUGCAAUUGAUACAGAGCACCUUUGCAUUCGACUAUAUCAUAAGGGUCAUCGUGCCUCAUUAGCUAAGUUACAAUUCUGUGAACCAGAGGUAAAAUAUUUGGGCUUUGUUUUAGCAGGAGGAGUUAGAAAGAUUGAUCCCGACAGAAUCAACGCUAUUCUUCAAAUUACACCACCUGUUACUAAAAAACAAAUGAGAGCUUUCCUUGGCCAAGCUGGGUUCUGUCGACCAUGGAUUUUAGGGUUUAACGAACUAGCUAGACCACUUACUGAAACUACAAAGGACAAAGCUCCAGAGCCAAUUGUCUGGACGCCAGAAUUGUCCGAUGCCUUUGCAUCUUUGAAGCAAGCCUUAGUCACAGCCCCAGCUUUAGGCCUGCCAAAUUACUCUAAACCUUUCACUUUGUAUGCUACCGAGAAGGGUGGCAUAGCAAAGGGGGUCCUAGUACAACCUCAUGGACCCUAUGAAAGACCUGUGGGUUAUUAUUCAGUUGCUCUUGACCCAGUUAUCAAAGGGUCGCCACAUUGCCUUAGAUCAGUAGCAGAAGCUGCGGAAUUAGUGGAAAAAGUUCGCCCACUUGUUCUGGGUCACAAAUUGAUUGUUGCCGUGCCUCAUGAAGUUGAACUUUUACUAACCCGAUAUGCUACCAAGUCUCUCUUACCGCAGCGCACACAUCGAUACGAAGCCAUCCUGUUAGUGACUGAUAAUAUCUCUUUAAAACAGUCAAAACCCUUAAAUCCAUCCACCCUUCUACCUGAGGUGCACCUUUCCAAUGACCCACAUGACUGUGUGCAAUUCGUCACCACUUAUUCUAAAACCAGAGAAGAUUUGCAAGAUGUUCCUCUCGCCCACCCUGACCUUAACCUGUUCACAGACGGAUCAAGUUACUAUCUGCACGGUAAGCGUUUUACUGGUUUUGCUGUUGCCACUGAAAAUCGCGUACUUUUUGCUGAACCUCUCUCUCCAGCACUUGGAGCACAAGCCGCAGAACUAAUUGCCUUGACUCGUGCUGCAACUUUUGCUAAAGGUCUCCGAGUUAAUAUCUAUACAGACUCUAAGUACGCUUUUGGCAUUUGUCAUUCUGUUGGCGCAGUUUGGAAAGAACGUGGUUUUUUGACCUCUGCCGGUCGUACUAUUGCUCAUAGACAAUUAAUUCAUGAUUUGCUGCUCGCUAUCCAGGAACCACGAGAAAUUGCUGUUAUUUACAUUCCUGCUCAUACUAAACGCCUUGCUUCUUUCGCUCAUGGCAAUGCCUUGGCCGACUCCGCGGCGAGAGCGGCAGCAGUCCACGAUGCAUCUCCUGCUACGACUGUGGUUGCUACCCUUCUUCCUUUUCCUGUUGGUCCUGCCCUUUAUGAUGAACUGGAUGAAGAAGAACUCAAUAAAUGGAAACGCUGGGAAGCAACACAACAGGACGGCAUCUGGAAACUAGGUGAUAAACCCUUAUUGCCUAUGAGGUAUGUCCUUCCUCUAACUCGCUGGAUUCACGAUCGUACUCAUGGGGGGGCCCGAAGCUGUAGCUUCUAAAAUCCAACAGUUGUGGGCAGCGCCUGGAGUUUACAGUGCUGCAAAAUGCCUGACUGACUCUUGUACUCUUUGCAAGAAAUAUGGGGUCACAAAGGUCACAACAGUCCCUGGCAAGCGGCCGCCUGCUUACUUUCCUUUCCAGAAACUGCAAAUUGAUUUCGCAGAACUCCCCCCUUCUAUGGGAUAUAAGUACAUUCUUGUUAUUGUUGAUCAACUUUCACACUGGGUGGAAGCCUUUCCUACUCGCAAGAACGAUUCGAAAAUUGUGGUUAAGACCCUGCUUCGUGAUACCAUUCCGAGGCUACCUUUCACACGCCCUACCAUCCACAAUCUUCUGGUCAGGUAGAGCGGAUGAAUCGCACUAUUAAAGAUCGUUUGGCAAAAGUCACUGCAGACACAGGUCUCAAAUGGCCUGAAGCAUUACCGCUUGUUUUAUGGGAUCUUCGUACAACUCCUCAUGCUACUACUAAACUCAGCCCUGCUGAAGUUUUGUUCGGGCGAGUUUUGGCAGUUCCGUUUACCUUUAUGUCUGCCAAAACUGCCCUCCUGGAAGGGGACGAGGCAGUAACGCAGUACUUGCUCUAUCUGCAAAACAGUUUUACUCAGAUCAGAAAUUAUAUGCAUUGGUAUCAAGGAGUGACACCAGAAAUUCAAGAAUUGCGUAACCUAUCUCAGAUUGUUUUACAGAAUCGAAUGGCUUUAGACAUCCUGUUAGCUUCGCAAGGAGGUGUCUGUACCAUGCUAAACUCCAGUUGCUGUAUGUAUAUCGAUCAGAGUAAGCAAUUGAUAACUGAAGUGGAUAAAAUCUGGAAAGUUAGUCAUGUUAUGCAGCAAAUUCAACGAGAUGACGCUAACUGGGGUGUCGCAGACCUGUGGCAAUGGAUGACUUCCUGGUUUCCUGAUCUCGGAACGUUAGUGAAGAAGAUUUUGAUGAUUGUCAUUGUCAUUGUAAUUGUCUUUGUGAUCAUUUUUGUUAUGAUUCAUUGUAUGUCAAUGUUUUGUAAUUGUUGCUGUAAUCUCUUGAAUCAACAGAAGCUUUAUUAUCGUUAUCAGUAAAUUGGGAAAUUUUAAAGAGAAAAUGGGGGACUGUUGUAGGAAAAUAGGAAAUUAGGAUUUUAGGCCUAUAUCAGUGUUAUAGGCUGUGCUGCUAAAGCUGAAAGUCUCAGCUUGUCCCCUGUACAGUCCUUACCCAGAACCACGAGCGUGGUUACCUUAUGCUUGCUUUGUACCCUUAGUUAAGACAUUGAUAAAUGCUAUUCUUAGGGUUGCUGAUUUCCAUGCUAGACUGGUGAACUAUGGAUAACAAAUGAGACAGGUGGAACUUCAAAAGAAGCUAGCCCUGCGACCUGAUGACCUGUCGUUCUGUACUUGCCAAGAAAGAAGAAGUGGAACCUGCAGACAACUAGAACGGAAGGAACCUGAGGAUAUCGACAGUGAUAGAUAUGGACAGUGAUAGACAGUGAUACAUUUUGCUUAGUUGCAUAAUACCUGUUAGAACCCUAUAUAAUGACUAGUUAUACUGCUGUAUGAUUGUCACUCUCUGAGGAGGUGACCCAACGCUGCUGUUCCUGUGAAUCUUCUACAAUAAAUACUGCUCAGAGUAACCCACAAGAGUUCGAGUCUCUACCCAGGGCCUACCUACGACCUUUUUUUCAUACCAAUAACAGAGAAUUAAAUCUCUCCUACACUUUCUUCUGCAAGUGUCCCUUGGGUGAGCCCAUGAUGUUUUAGUUUUCUGUUGCUGGAGAUGUUGUGUUCCCAACACAACCGCACUUUUUAGGCAGAGGUUCUCCC